GACUGUUGGUGACGUCAAGCCAUAAGUUACGCAGCACUCGUGCAUUCUUGUUACAAACGUCUGAUCGACGAAGCAAGCACUCUAUGACACGAAACAGAACAUCUCUGGCAUUUCGGUUAUUUUUUGGUUUUGGAGUAGAACGGCGUCUCGGACGGUGCAGUAUCACUCAUUUACAACUUCUGCUGAAUCAGAUGGAAGAAAGGAAUGCAUUGGCCUUGAUUAUGGAAGACAAAUGGCAUAUCAGAGUAUUUGUGACUAAUGAAGCCAUUAGAAAGGUCACUUUAGAUGGAAAACCAAGCAAUGUUGAAACAUUGCUCUCAGUUCUGAAACUUAAAUUGGGACUACAGUGUGAUUUCACUUCACAAUAUGAAGACCCUCUCUUUGGCAAUGCCCUCUGCAACCUGACUGAUAUGUCAGACUUACCAGAACGGCCUACAAUCAAGAUCAUCAGUUCUCUGGCCCUCACUCCAGCUCACUCCAGCUCUUUGAGCACCUGUAGCACAGAUAUCCUGAGCCCAAGAAACAAAGAUACCCAUAGGCAUGAUCCUUGGCCUUCUGAAUUUGAAAUCCAAGAAUUCUCUGUUGACAUCAAUUACAGGCUUAGACAAGGCGACCUUGUCUACAUGAGAGAUGGCACGCUGUUACAAAUGUCUCGGGACAUGAAACAUGCAAUCCUAGAAAGACUUGCAGAGGCCAUGUAUAAGUAUAUGGCAUACCCCCGAGAUUAUCACUUUGAUGAAGUUGCAGCUGCUCUCGUCAAGAAACACCCUUGUUUGAGGGAGCCUGGAUCCUAUAGUGGAUAUUGUGGAUGGAAAAAUAGUUUAAAGUUUAAAAUGGGAAACUACCGCACCAAGUUAAGGAGAUCUGGAAUGGCUGAUGUCAAAGUGAAUGGCUGCAGAAGGCGCAGGGAUUUCCCGGACGAGGAUCCGCCAAGCCUCAACAUCAAAAAGGCUAAAAGGAAUGAGACUAACUUUUUACCCAAUUUCCCUGAUGGAGAGGAUGAAGUUUCUCUUGAGGCAAUUAGGCGUGAGCUUGACAUGGACGCUAAAAAAAGCUUACCUGAUGUGAUUGGCAUUAGAAAGAAGAUGGAUCAGACCUUCGCACUUAGAAGAAAGGAAAUUGUGGAGGAGCAACCACCUGUGUCGAGAAUAGUGGAGCGAUGGCCAGCGCUCUUCACGGAAACUCAAAUUUAUGAUGAAUUCUCAAGAGUUGCCAGCAAGAAUCUUCGUCAACAGUUCUAUGAAGCACUGGACCGUCACACACCCAGCCUGAUUCAAAUGAUGAAGUCCAAAAGAGGAAAAGUGGGCCAAUCCCUUGAAGGCUUUCUCCACCAGAUUGAUACUCAGAACAUCACUGUGACACGGACCGUUGUGCUGCGACGUCUGCCAAUGUUUCUUGGAGAUGAUGACAGUGAGUUCUGCAGGACUUGCUUUGACUCGGACAACGGAGAGGACUCAGCCCAUGUGCCAGUGGGCAUACUUACCGUCAUCCCAGAGGAUGAUCCAACGCCUAAUGCUGCUGAUUUGCACUUGCACCCUAGCAGCGUUGCGGUCAUUCUUGAGGGGGACCUAGUCUUGGAUGACUUGUCUUCAUAUCCAGAGGCGUUUUGUCUUUUGUUUGGACUUGUAUAUGCAUUGCACCUUGACUAUCCCAGAUCAAUGAGGUAUUCAUUUGAGUUCAUUCAAAAGAUCCUCUUGGAUAUUGGGCAAAACAAACUCAGCCCAAAAAUGCAAACCUUAAAAAAUGCUCUCAUGAACUCAUAAGCACAGGGCACGAAAUCAGAAGUUGUUAAGUUACUGUUCAGAAGUUCAAUAAACUUACGUAUUUCAAGGUAAUCGG